AUGGCUCUGCGUUCAAAGUCAUUUACUAACCAGAAACAACAGGUAAAUGUUAAUUCGAAAAACGCUUCAAAUAAUAUUGAAGCAAACUCAGAUGAAUUAAUUUUAUCUGGAAAUCAAAGGAAGAAGUCGAGUGCAAGAAUCUACAGCUCAAUCGAAGAAAAUCCAGAAAAGUUGUCAGACAGUAGUAAAGAAGGGGAUGAACUGGUUUCUGCCAUAGAAAAGAAUCCGUCUGUUGACUUUCCAAGUGUGAACCAGUGGGUACUAGCGCUUUUUGAAGAGGAGGGUAAAAAGAUGCUUGCUCGUGUAGUGGGUUGGAAGCUUUACGGAACUCAAGUUACACACUUAACGCACUUAGUAGACAAAAAAACAAGAGAAAAUAAACAAAAUCCUCUGUUAAAGGUUAUUUCAUCUUCACAAGAAUCUCAAAAAAAAGAAGAUUAUGAGUUUUACGUCCACUUUAGAGGUCUAAAUAGACGUCUAGAUAGGUGGGUUAAAGGUAAAGAUAUACAGCUCUCGUUUUAUAUUGAGGAAUUGAAUGAUCCAGUUUUAUUUGAAAGGUUUCAGAAACAAGGAAUCAAAUUUAUAUCUUUAUUAGGAGUUUCAAAUUCAGCAAAUAAAUCCGGAAAUAGGUCUAAGAAAAGAAAUAUAGGAAUUUUGGAUAUUUCUGAUGGAGAAGAUCCUGAUGAGCAUGAAGGGAUGGACCAUUCUGCAAUUCUUGACCAUGAGGAGACCACAAGACUUAGGACAAUUGGUAGAGUUCGUAUAGGCAAAUUCAUUUUGGAUACUUGGUAUUUUUCUCCACUUCCCGAUGAGUAUCAAAACGUUGAUACUUUACAUUUUUGUGAAUAUUGUUUGGACUUUUUUUGCUUUGAGGAUGAACUUAUUAAGCACCUUUCCAGAUGCCAAUUAAGGCAUCCUCCAGGUAAUGAAAUAUAUAGGAAAGACAGUAUUUCAGUUUUUGAAAUUGAUGGUGCCUUAACUAGAGGAUAUGCAGAGAAUUUAUGCUAUUUGGCAAAGCUUUUCUUAGAUCAUAAAACCCUACAAUACGAUGUGGAACCGUUUCUGUUUUACAUUGUCACUGAAGUUGAUGAAGAAGGGUGCCAUAUUGUUGGUUAUUUUUCUAAGGAAAAAGUUUCAUUGCUUCAUUAUAAUCUUGCCUGUAUCUUAACUUUACCUUGCUAUCAAAGGAAGGGUUAUGGAAAACUUCUUGUUGAUUUGUCAUACAAACUCUCACUUAAAGAAGGGAAAUGGGGGCACCCAGAAAGACCUCUCUCUGAUUUAGGCAGGGCAAUAUAUAAUAAUUGGUGGGCUCACAGAAUAUCUGAAUUUCUCCUUGAUUAUUUUCAACAAAAUAAGAUAUGCGAAAGAGGUAGCUCAAAGUAUUAUACACAAGUAAGAAACUACGGAAAGUUUAUUGAUAACAUUGUCAGAAGUACUGGAAUUCGGAGGGAAGAUGUAGUCAGAAUUUUGGAAGAAAAUGGAAUUAUGAGGAAUAUUAAGGAUCAAUAUUAUAUUUUCUGUAACAAGGACUUCCUUAAAAGCAUUAUUAAACGCUCUGGAAAACCAGGAAUCACUCUUAUUGACAAAAAUUUUAAUUGGGUUCCUUAUAGCAGAGCUCCUCCAUCAGAAAUAGAAUCAUUACCACAAGAAUAG